AUUAUUCCUGAACAUUUUCGUGUUCCUCUUUGAAUUUGCAGUCAUGUCUGAUCUCUAGUUGGUGCCUGUAGGCCUUUGGUUGUCGUCAAUCAUGUCUUCGGCACACAAACCAGGCUCGCUGAAGCAGCAGAAUAAGUCUCACAAGACUGGAAAGCAUCGGUCAAAGGGUGCAGUGGAAACAUCUGUGAAAGGACGUGUCAGUGCUAAGAGUUUGGCAAAGAAAGGCAACACAGAGCUAUCCAGACUUCAAAAACGCAAUCAGUUGAAGCAAAUCCGGCGCCUGAAGCGCGAUGCUUUGCUGACAGAGAGGCGAGGCCGUGGUGUCUGUGAUGCACCUCCUCAUGCUGUGCUUGUAGUUCCGUUGGACAGCCGUGUGGAUGGCGGUGAUGUUAUUCGAAGGUUGUGUUCCAGUGACCCGGACACGGUUGCCACUGAACGGCGGCCAUACGUUGCUACUGCUGUAAUUCCACGGCUGAAGAGACGCUUCAGUUUCAUGCACUGUCCACCUGGUAAUCUCUAUGCACUACUGGAUGCAGGCAAGGUUGCCGACACCAUUCUUUUCGUGCUGCAUGCUGACUGCUGUAAGCUGAGCUCCUAUGCGGAGACAUGUCUGAGUUGUUUGAUUGCUCAAGGUGUGCCAGCAUGCACAUUCGCAGUUCAGGGACUGGAUAAUGUUCCUCAGAAGAGGAGGUCCAAAGCUAGAAAGGCUGUGGAGUCACUCGUCUCGCAGCGGUUUCCCAAGGAGAAGCUGAUGAAUAUGGAUACGGAUGCUGAUGCUGCCAAUUUACUUCGUAGCGUUUCCGACCGGAAAGUGCAUCACAUCACCUUCCGUGAUCAGAGACCCGCCUUGCUAGCAGAGGAGGUCAACUAUGUGCCGUCCACUGAUGAUGCGAGUUCAACAAGGGGAUGUCUGCAGGUCAGUGGUUAUGUGAGAGGCAAGACAUUCGACGCCAACCAGCUUGUUCAUCUGGUUGGUUUUGGUGACUACCAGCUGUCGCACAUCGACCUCGUGCCAGACCCGUGCACUGACCGACAAUGGCAAAGACUACAGCGGCAGCACUUACAUCGAAGUCGCGCCAACAGUGUAUCUUCAGAAGUCUCCAUGGAGAUGGAUCCUGGCAUGGCAGAAGAGGAAACUACACGGACCAUACAGAGAGCAGAUCCAGAACAGCAGGUGCCUUUGCUAGCUGAGCAGGCUCCUGUCAGCGAUGAUGAGCUAGAUGAAGAACAGUCAUGGCCGACAGAGGAAGAGAUUGCAAUAGCACAGAGUGAGCGGAAAAAGAAGAGGUCCCUUCCCAAGGGUACAUCGGAUUACCAAGCUGCCUGGAUCAUGGGCGGUGGCGGUGGCGCUGGUGAAGAUGACGACGUCGAUGAUGGCAGUGAUGCAGAUGGAGCACCGGCUGCUGAGUACCCUCCAAGCAGUAUGCCCAUGAUGGAGGGUAGUGAUGAUGAAGGUGGUUGGGAAGACUGCGAUGGAAGCGAUGAUGGCAGUGAUGGGAGUGAGUAUGAAGAAGAUGAUGGCAGCGAGGAUGGUGAUGAGUACGAUACAAACAUGGACUUUGCUGAAGAGGAAGAUCAGCUGAAGCGUAUUCAAGCUCAGCGCGACGAAGAAAUGUACCCAGAUGAAGUGGAUACUCCCCAGAAUAUCCCUGCCAGGAUACACUUUGGAGCGUACCGUGGUCUGGAAAGCUUCCGCAGUUCACCGUGGGAUGCGACAGAAGGUCUUCCAGCAAAUUACCGACGAAUCUUUCAGUUCCAGAACUACGCCGCGCUGAAGAAAACGGCAUUGAAAGAGGAGUCUUCGGAAGGAGCAUUGCCAAGCUGGUAUGUAACACUGCACCUUAUCAACGUACCCAGUGACAUCUCUGCGGGCAUUCAGAAUGACGUUCCCCUUGUCGUGUUUGGCCUCUUGCAACAUGAGCACAAGAUGUCGGUGCUGAACUUUAGCUUGACCAAGCACCCAAGCUGUGCUCUCUCAAUUCAGUCGGAGGAUAACCUCAUCUUCCAUUGCGGAUGGAGGCGCUUCUCGGCAUCGGCCAUCUUCUCUCAGCACACGUCAGGGAAUAAGCACAAGUCUGAACGUUUCUUGCCAAACGGAACAACAGUCGUUGCGUCGGUGUAUGGCCCUAUCUCAUAUGCACCUAUUCCCACGCUGGUCUUCCUAAACGACCCGUCUUCCGGUCAACAUGUUCUUGUUGGCACUGGCUCACUGCUCAAUGUUAACCCGAACCGUCUUGUCAUUCAGAAGGCUGUGGUUAGCGGGCAUCCGUUCAAAAUCAAUCGCCGCGUGGCAACGAUUCGCUACAUGUUUUUUGACCGAGAGGAUAUUCUCUUUUUCAAGGCGGUGGAAUUGUGGUCAAAGCACGGCCGCCGUGGACAUAUCAAAGAACCACUUGGUACCCAUGGACACAUGAAGUGUGUGUUCAAUCGGUCACUGAAGGCACAGGACACAGUCUGCAUGAGCCUCUACAAGCGCAUCUUCCCCAAGUGGACAUUCGACCCUGUCGUCAAGUCGCCUGCACCUGUGCCGGUAACGUUUGAAACCAGCAUGGACGCUGACAUGGAUGACGAUGACAUCUGAUUUGGGAACACGCCCGAAAAGGAAUCAAAUUGUAAUAAAGUACUAAAAGAUCAAAUGUGAGAUCAUUCCCAGCAAACAUAGUGAAGAUACUGCUGUGUGAAAGCAGUGACAGCAGCGAAAGCUUGCUGUUAAUUAACAAUGAGGAAGAAAAAUUUGAAAAUUGUGCAACAUGGAAUGCCUUUGCUGGAUAUUCUGUAGAUAUUACUAGAUAAAGUAGGCGUACUCUCAGAAUUCUUCACUUUCUUUUAUAAAACGUUUCAUAUCAAGAAUGUCCGCGGACACACAAUCUGAUGCUGGCAAACUGCUGCGUUGAUUUAAUACAGUGUGUUAUCAGAAACCCUUCAGUAAUCUCGA